UCUUUCCAGAUAAAUUUAAAGGAUUUCUUCGGCUUCAGGUUUAUUUUUUUUACUUCGGUUUGUUGUUCUUAACUAGUAGAGUUCAGGUAAACGUGGGGCUUGUUAAGACGUGGUGCUUAAGAAUGCGACUCGCGUUGCGUCUCUGCCUGUCGGAGAUUUUUUUUUCAGAUUGCUCUAACCAGUUUUUUUUUUACUUCACGCACUGACCAAUUCUCGCUCUCUCUCUCUCUCUCUCCCCCUCUCUCUCUGCCGCUCAUCAGUUUUUUUUACCGUCUGCUGGCUCUCUUCACGCACUUAGUGUCUGACGUUGACUAGUUGUGUUAAAUAACUAAAUAUUAAUAUUACAAAUUAAGCCACACACACACUUCCCCUCUCUCUCUUAUGAUCAUCAGUGAUACAGAAUAAUGAGUGAUAAACAUGAAUGAACAUAAGAAUUAAGAAGGAAUGUUGUUUUAACCGCAGAAAUGCAUCAGUACAGUGUACUGUUUUCCAAGUUCAUGUAUGAUUGGUCAUAUCAUCUGUUAAUCAAGCUCUCUGCGAAGGCUCAAUUGCAUGCUUAAAAAAGAGCAUAACGGUUAAAGCCCAGCCCAUUUCAAGACAACCUGACAAUUUACGGGUUAAAUCCUUCAUACUUCCGGGUUAAGCCCCCCCCACUUUCGAGUUAGGCCCCGCCCAAUCCGAGUUCAGAUACGGAUACAGAUUAUUCAUAUGGUAGAGAUACAGAUAAUGCUGUACUCGCUCACCUCUAGCCACAACCCCCCUAAACUCUGGCUUGGCACCGCCAUUUAUCCUUUGCUGAUCAGCUGAUCAGCUGCAGCUGCAGGAGUGAUAUCACCAUCACACCUGAGGAGAAUCUCACACUCACACACACUAGACAGCAAAACAAAACACGGCACGUAACAAUUCUUCAUACAGUCCGUUUUAGCUGUUUCUCCUUCUGCAAAAGCUUUGAAAGUAACAAAAAUGGUCAAAGUUGGUCAUAGUUGAGUGAACCAGGUUGUAAAACUAUACCUAUUCCUCAAAAACAUAAUGAAAAUGAUAAAAAAGGUCAUUUGCUUGAUAAGUUUAAAAUUUUUACAGAAAACGCGUAAAACGGACAACUUGGAAGAAUGCAUCAGUUGACAGUGUUUUACGUUUAAGAAAGUACAAGUAUUAUGGCGCGUUUCCACUGAUCGGUACGGUGCGGGUCGGGUCGGUACAGGUCGGUUUUGUUAACCAUGAUUUGGCGAGCAUUUCCACCGCCAAUAGUACCCUUACUUGAUAGGCGUGGUGUAUUCCAGAAAGUAGUGGUAACGUCACUUGAUAGGCGUGGUAUUGGACGGAAAGUAGAUUGAGGACAUACAGCCGAUGACGACACUCUUUCAACCAAUCAACGUUCUGCAGGGAGUCUAGCUCCACCCUUUAGUACCAAACAACUGUGCCAGGUACCCCAACGGAAGGGUACCCAAAAAGUGGUAUGGUUUUGGUACUUUUCUCAACUUUUGGCAGUGGAGACACAUAUAAAAGGGUACCGACCCGUACCGUACCGCACCGCUCGGUGGAAACGCACCAUUAGUUUCAUGGUGUUAUCAUAUCGAACAAGGUUUACAACCAUAUUCAUUUUAACUCAUUUUUUACUUUAUUAUGUUUACAGAAGAAAACGCAUGAAACGGACAAUUGGAAGAAUGCAUCAGUUGAGUGUUUCCAUCAACCUAUUACCUUUAAGAAAGUACAAGUAUUUAUUCCAUGAUGCUAUGAUUAGUUUGAUGAUGCUAUCAUAUCUGAAUAGGUUUACAACCUUAUUCAUUUUAACUAAUUUUUAAUUUAUUACGCUUCAAGUUUUUACAGAAGAAAACGCAUAAAACGGACAACUUGGAAUUGAUAAUCAAAAGCUUUUUUGUAGUGCCAAGUUAGAGAAUCAUUGCCCUGUUUUGCUCAAGAUUUUAAGGUCAGAGGGCAAACAGGAUGUGCCGAGCAGGCAGACACAAGUAUGACAAAGAGGGAGUUAGGGACACAUCAAGCACCAUACAACACACACACACACUUUGGUCGUUGUGUUUACAUUACGAUUAGAAGACCCUUAAAUCGUAUGUGACUGGGUCUUGUGUGUUCGGGGAAGAACCUGCUCCCCCUCUACACUAGUUUAGGGCCAAUAGAAAUCUUUCCUUUUUCUGUCUUACAAGGGUUAUAAAACAUGAUGUUAUUCCUGAUUUUAGUUGUUCUUCCGGCGUGCGGACCAAUUUUUGAACACGUGCCUUCGAUGAGUUUGUUUGCUCCUUCUCUUUUUAAAUUAUCUAACAGAAAAAUGCAUCAGUUGACAGUGUUUUUAUCGACAUAUUACCUUUAAGAAAGUACAAUUAUUAAUUUCAUGGUGUUAUCAUAUCUAAAUAGGUUUACAACCUUAUUCAUUUUAACUAAUUUUUUACUUUAUUACGUUUACAGAAGAAAUCGCAUAAAACGGACAACUUGGAAGAAUGCAUCAGUUGACAGUGUUUUCUUCAACCUGUCCUCUCAGGAAUGGACAAGUAUCAGUUUCAUGAUAAUAACGUGAAAUCUGAAUAGGUUUACAAACUAAUUUGUUCAUUACUUUUCAAAGGAAGGAAAGAAAUUCCUAAAAACGGACAGCAUGGAACAACCCAAAGCCUAGAUAUUUUAAUGUAUAAAUAGUACUGGGUAUAUAAUCAAUGUUUUAAAUACACAAAUAAUGACUAUUUUUAAAAUAUAUUUUUAAUAGGAACACAUUUAAAUAAUGAUUUAAAAAAAUCCCCGUCGCUUUAGGCUGUUGCUCCACGCCCCAUUGCACUCAAUCGACCACUUUACUGGUCAAGUUCACCUCCUUCAUGCCGCUGUAUAUUUCCAGAAUAACUGACUUUUGGGCUGUACAAGCCCCUUUACCGUGCCUUUGAAUAGUACACCUACUAGAUACUACACCUGACCAUGGCACUUCAAAGAUAGUGCAAGUUCCUUUAUCGUAAUGCAUUGACAUUUAGUAAAAUGUAAAACGUUGAAAUGACUUCUAAUGCUCACUGGCAAUAAUAAUAAUUUGUGUGAAGUAGUGUAAACUAUGAAUGGAAGUUGUAACCUUAUAUCAUAGAUUAAGGAAAAAUUUGAUUCAUAUUUACAGAAGAGUCAGACAACACACAAACUUAGCCAUUUGAAACGCUCAUACUUUGCUAUGAAGGCACAGUUUUCUGAUGAAGCCGCGGUGAAAUGAGUCUAGCCUGAGGUUCACUGCUCCCAGUCUUCUGUACAGCGGAAAAGCGCUGAGUUGGCAAAUGAGACGGAUGCUUUCAUCACGAGUUUUAGCUUCCUGUCUAAAAUUCAGAACAGGAUAUUCAGCCAACUGUAGAACAGGCCUUCAUGUUGAUCAAUGAUACGCAUCAGUUCUGCUCGUUCAGUUGACUAAGACGGCUUGCUUUCUCAAUAGCAUUUUGCAAAACUUAAAAAAGGAGAAGUAAACUCAGAUUGUAUAACCCAGGGACAAAUGUACCACAGAUGCUGACAUUUACUACAGAGCUCGGAGUGGAAGAUUUAACGCUGGCUGUCUUUACUCAGUCUUUACUUUUACAAUAUUUGCCUUUGAUAUUAUCGAGUGCAUAGACACCCGAAGCAGUUUUGAGAAAUCACAGAACCUUUUGUAAGUUGCAAAUUAUUAUUAUUAUUGUUACACUGUGUGUGACAUUCCGAUUAAAAGACACCUUCCAAGCUCUUGGCCCACUCAUUUGGUUGAGCCUGCUGUCAUGGCUCGGUACCUGGGUUACUUCAGCACCGUGGGCGAUGUUCAGCCAGCCCAGUGGGAGGAUGAAGAGCUGCACGUGAAGAGCGAAGAGCUGGGUCCCGCCACUGGUCAGUUUCCAACAAAGCUGACCUUUAGGGAUUUACUCCGGGGACUCUACGGUUCGGAGCGGUUCCAGGUGUUGGUGGUGUGCCUGGUAAUCCUGGAUGCCGUCUUUGUUCUUGCAGAACUGCUUAUAGAUCUGUCUGUGAUCCGGUUGGAACAUGGACACCUUGCUCCUGAGGUAUUCCACUACCUGAGCUUGGCUCUUCUCUCAUUCUUCAUGAUAGAGCUGGUUGGUAAGCUAUACGCUUAUCGCAUUGAGUUCUUUCAUCACAAGUUUGAGAUGUUUGAUGGAGCGGUGGUGGUGGUUUCCUUUGUGCUGGACAUUGUGUUCAUCUUCCAUGAGGAUGCCUUUGAUGGGAUGGGUUUACUCAUCCUUCUGCGACUCUGGAGGGUGGCUAGAAUCAUCAAUGGUAUCAUGGUGUCAGUGAAAACCCGUGCAGACCAGAGGAUUCACAAACUGAGGGAAAGCUAUGACCACCUUGUUCAAAGAGUCACAGAGCUGCAGGAGCGCAGUGAUAAAGUGGAACAAGAGAACCAGAAUCUGCAAGCCCUCCUGAAGAAGAAAGGCAUAACUCCUUAAGCAAACUGUUGGGGCACAUGUACUUCUGCAAUAUCCAGACAUAAUACAUAUACACUAUUUAAUAUACAGGUCCUUCUAAAAAAAUUAGCAUAUUGUGAUAAAAGUUCAUUAUUUUCCAUAAUGUCAUGAUAAAAAUUAAACUUUCAUAUAUUUUAGAUUCAUUGCACACCAACUGAAAUAUUUCAGGUCUUGUAUUGUUUUAAUACUGAUGAUUUUGGCAUACAGCUCAUGAAAACCCAGAAUUCCUAUCUAAAAAGAUUAGCAUA